UUUAGUUGGCAUGUCCCCGCCCCAUAUCAACAAGCAAGAUGGCGGCGCGCAUAGGCGUUUUGCGUUUCAACUCGGUCCUUGUGAGGACUUGGUGGGCGAGUGUGAGAAGAUGUUCGCUGUCACACACUCCGGAGUUUACGGCCAAACGCGUGCGAAGGACGUUUGUGGACUUUUUUGAGCAGGAGUAUGGACACAGGGUUGUCCCAUCCUCACCGGUCCGCCCCAGAGGAGACCCGAGCCUGCUGUUCGUCAACGCGGGAAUGAAUCAGUUUAAGCCCAUGCUGCUGGGCUGCGCUGACCCCCGCAGCGAGAUGGCCACGUACCGGCGUGUGGUAAACACUCAGAAGUGUGUACGCGCUGGCGGAAAACACAACGAUCUGGAGGACGUGGGCAGGGACGUGUACCAUCACACGUUCUUCGAGAUGCUGGGCAACUGGUCGUUCGGAGACUACUUCAAGGUAGAAGCCUGUACAAUGGCCUGGCGCUUGUUAACGGAAGUGUACGGGAUCCCGGUCGAGCGCCUCUACGUGUCCUAUUUCGCGGGGGACAUGGCGAGCGGGUUGCCUGCGGACAAAGAGACACAACAGAUCUGGCUUAGCCUCGGCGUUCACCAGGAUCACAUUCUUCCAUUCGGAAUGAAGGAUAAUUUCUGGGAAAUGGGCGAGACUGGGCCCUGUGGCCCGUGCACCGAGAUCCACUACGACCACAUCGGCGGCCGGAAUGCUGCACCUUUGGUAAACGCGGACAGUCCGGACGUGGUGGAGAUCUGGAAUCUGGUGUUCAUGCAGUACAACAGGGAGGGUGAUGGAAGCCUGCGUCCUCUCCCCCAGUGCAGUGUGGAUACCGGAAUGGGACUGGAACGAUUGGUCACUUUGCUACAAGGCAAACGCUCCAACUACGACACGGACCUGUUCACGCCUUUGCUCUCUGAGAUUCAUAAGGUUAGCAAAGCCGACGCCUAUGCAGGAAGGAUGGGCGAGGACGAUAAGGGCAGAGUGGACAUGGCGUACCGCGUGGUCGCCGAUCACAUUCGCACGCUGUGCGUGUGCAUUGCUGAUGGCGUGUAUCCCGGGAUGAGUGGGGCCGAGCUGGUUUUGCGGCGCAUACUUCGCCGAGCUGUGCGCUUCUGCACAGAGGUCUUACAGGCUCCUGAGGGUGCACUGGCGAGCCUGGUGCCCACUGUGGCCCACAUCCUGGGAGACUCUUAUCCCGAGCUGUACGCCGAAACCGGCAGGAUUAUGGAAAUCGUUAAUGCAAACGAGGCGCAGUUUCUUUCCUCCCUGAAGCAGGGACGGAGAGUGAUCGAGAGGACGCUGAAGAAGAUGGAAGAAAGUGCUGUUGAGUUUCCAGCUGCCGUGGCCUGGUCCCUGCACAGGAACCUGGGUUUCCCGCUCGACCUCAUCGACCUCAUGCUGGAGGAGCGCAACAUGACCGUGGACAAACGUGGACUGGGGCGGCUCUCAGCUGAACACGAAAAGUUACAGAGUCAGGCUGAGGGGGGCGCUGAGGAACGAGGUCUCCUUUCGGACUUGCAGAGUCUCGCAGAGCUGCAGAGGAGAGGAAUUCCUCACACAGAAGACUCUCCGAAAUACAGCUACACCCUGCAGCAUGACGGAACUUACGCGUUCCCUCCAUGUAGAGCCACAGUGCUGGUGCUGUAUAACGAUCAGGGUUUGGUGUCGGAGGUCACAGAAGGCCAGCGGUGUUCGGUGCUGCUCGACCGAACCUGCUUCUACGCGGAGCAGGGUGGCCAGAUGCAUGACACUGGCUACUUCACCAAGAACGGCGUGCAGGACGUGCUGUUCCCUGUGGAUAGUGUACGUGUGGCUGGAGGCUACGUGGUCCACGAGGUCACCGCAGCUGACGCUCUGAGAACAGGAGAUCACUUGGAGCUCUAUGUGGACGAGGCUCAGCGCCUAGCCUGCAUGGCCAAGCACACGGCCACUCACGUGCUCAACUUUGCCCUGCGAGAGCUGCUGGGGUCGGAGGUCGUUCAGAGAGGCUCGCACGUCACUGCGGAUCGGCUGCGCUUCGACUUCAGCUCCAAGGCUUCUCUGAGUGCAUCACAACUGCAAGAAGUGGAGCAGAUGAUCCAGACCAUCAUCCAACAGAACGACCUGGUCCACACACAGGAAGUGCCUUUAGCUCAAGCCAGUCAGAUUGCAGGACUGAGAACUGUAGAUGAGGUGUAUCCUGACCCGGUCCGUGUUGUGUCUGUGGGCCUACGUGUAUCCGAACUGCUCAGUGGCCAUCCACACAAACGCACCUCUGUCGAGCUCUGCUGCGGCACGCAUUUGCUGAGGACUGGGGGAAUCGAAGACCUUGUGAUAGUGUCUGAGCGACAGAUGGUGAAGGGAAUCAGCCGCAUCAUAGCUGUGACUGGAGACGGUGCCAAAAAAGCUCGGGAGGCGGGGCAAGCACUGCUGGAGGAUGCAGACUCUCUGGCGGCUCGCAUCACUUCUGGCCCCGCCCCCUCUCUCCCAGUUGCUCUGAGGCUCUCUAAAGAUGUCGGCCUCCUGACAGAUGCUGUAGAGAACACACCUAUACCACAGUGGCAGAGAAGAGAGCUCCAGAUGGGGCUAAAGGCUUUGCAGAGGAGCACCAACACCACCGUCCGCAAACUGGAAGUCAAAGAGGCAGUUGCUAAGGCACAGGAAGUGUUGAGCAGACACUCGGAUAAAGCUGUUCUGGUGGACACGCUGGAUACAGACUCCAUAUCUGUGGUAAUGAAAACCGUAAACCAGGUGAGUGACCGCGUUCCUCACACACUGGUCAUGCUCCUGUCUCACCUUCAGCCGUCAGGGAGAGUGCUCUGUGCAUGUCAGGUGCCUAAGGGCCAGACUGCCAUCUCCGCCAACGAAUGGGCUCUGGCUGUUUGCAAACGCUUGGGCGGGAAUGCGGGCGGCUCUGCGAUCGUCGCUCAGGGGGUCGGCAUAGCUGCGGAUUCUCGCAGCCUUUUGGAAACACUGCGCUGGGCGGAGGAGUUUGCCCACAAACGUUAACAUUUACACGCCGGGUUUGUGUGUUAGGUACCGAAUGCGGGUGUGCAUUGGGUACAUCCUGCAGUGUAUUAUUCCUUUUAUACCACAGCAAUUAGACGUGCGUUUCGGCUGAACGCCCGGCCCGAUCUGCUGUUGUGGAAUAUUAAUGCACUUUCGGACCAAUCAGAAGAGAGAAUGAAUCGACAUAAACUGUAGAAAGCUUGUUGCUUGUUAUGCCUUUGUUUUAAAAGGCCUAUUCAUUUCUCUGGGGUUUUACCAGGUCUCAUAGUAUCUAUUAAAUUGUUUUUCGGCUCUCCGAAA